AUGGAAAGACGGACAGCCUCUGCAUUUGGCCAGACCCUCAGCCCUGCAGUCGGGCAAGACCAGCUGAAUCUUCCACCCCACCGAGAUGGGAGGGAGGGAGGCUAUGAGUGCUGCAGCUGGCACAGUGAGAAUGAGAAUCAGCUCUGCCAGUCGGUGCCAGUGACAGGGCGGCAGAAGGCAAUUAGUCCAGUCCCAGCUGGAAAUGGCUUCCCGCCCCCAGAAAUGCAACCAGCUCUGGGGCACAGCAAGGCUGCUGCUCUCUCCCAGAAUGGUGUCCGGGAACAGCAUGCCAACACUUCAGGCCUGGAGGAAAAAGCAGUGCAAGUGGAGAUACCGAGGAGGGAGAGGGAUCCUGGUUUUUCUCCAGAGAACCAGGCUGGGGCCCUUUCCCAGUUACAUACCGAGGUGGGGUUGGGUGGACCUGAUUUGGGGGGGAGCCUAAAAAAAAGAGAAAGCAGGGGGAAAAAACUUGAGCGGGAUAUUCUUGCUGAGCAACAGAGCGUGAGUAACUGGCGGAGGCUUUUCGUGGUCUGGGAAAUCCAGGAGGCAGAGAAUCUGUUCUAUCAAUACUGCUGCCCGCCCCACUUCAUCCAAGAGCUGGCCGCCCCACACCCUCCUCCCAGUCUGUCCGCUCCAGUGCCGGGCUUGGCAGCUGCGCGAAAAUGCCUGAGUGUUCAGAUGGCCCUCCCCAAGCAAGCCGGCACCCGAAUGACUCCAGCGUGGCGCUCUCACAUCCCCCGCCAGGCGGCCUCAGCGGAAAAGUUGAAAGAGAUUCAGUGUUUUGUAGGCAAACCCCAGCGGGAGUUGGGGGAAAGAGGGAGGGCACCCCAGUGGGUCCACCCCCAUUCGCAGGCACACUUCCUGGACAAACUUAGUCGGGGUGGGGGGUGAGGGAGGUCUGUAGCAACCUGAGGAAAGAGCCCCUUCUCCCCAUUCUGGAGUAACCUGGGCAGUCAAAGGGCAGGAAGACAGAGGUCAAAUCCCUCGUUCUCCCAGACGACAACCCCAUAGUCCCACCAAGCACCCUUACACUUGGCUCGCAAACACCUCACUGUUCCGCAGGUGCGGGAGGCUUAGCCUAAAGGCUACUCAGGGUCCAGGGACAAAAGAGGGUGGGGUUAUUACAGGACUUUCAACCCAUCUGGCCCAAAGUCUCACUCUCCCUAGGGGCCUCGGUCAUUAAUUUUUACUCUGGUUGCAAUGGUCACUAAAAGGCACCACCCCUACUCUUUCCUUUCCCCCUCAAAACCUGCGUGUUCCUCAUAUCCCCCCCCCAUUCUUUUACUUCCUGGGAAAUGAAAACCAAAAUUAUUUCUCACUUCCCUAGGGACCUCAAUGGUUCUGACAGCUCCUAGGAUUUUUUUCCCCCUCUCCCCACAGCUCCCCAAUGCCCCCUCAAAAGGACAGCAUUUGCCAUAGUUCACAAAGCUAAGUCCACGAUCGCACAGUGUUCCCUGUGCCCCUACUCAACAGAAAACCAGGGUGGGGUGUGAAUGUAUGUGUUUUUGGGAGGAGAGGGGCUGCGCUAAAGGACGACUUUCCGAGAAAAAAAUUAAAUUCCUCCUGGGGCGGGGUAAUUUUACAUAGACAAUCCUAGUCCAAAGGGGUUAAAGGGGGGAG